UAAGAUUGGCCUUCGCUGGUAGCGUGAGGGAGAGAGAUACACACAGAGAGCUGUGAGGAGACAUACCCGCUGCCUGCACUGCUGAGGAAGAGGAGACCAACUCCAACAGCACAGCCUUCUGCCAGGAUGAUCGUCAGCACUCAGCAGAACCUGGGCACAGACCUGGAUAUAGGUGGCUCAGAUGCACCCCCUCGAAACUGGCGUGGGAUUGGCCUGGCAGUGCUGGUCAUAACAAUAGUAAUGUCACUGGUGUUGUUGUCCAUUUUUCUGCUCUCUCCUGAGGAUCCAAAGCAGCCUGUGAAACCAUUCCUGACACUGUCUGACCUGGAGACUAUGGAGUAUCAGGUCCAUGUGCCCACACUGUCUUGGGCAAGUGACACAGAAAUAAUCCUAAAAACCAGAGAUGGAAAUCUUAUCCAACAGAAUGUGAAGACUAAGGAGUUCCGUAUCCUGCUUAGAAACACCACACUUGUGUCUCUUAGAGCAUCCAAUGCAGAGCUGUCUCCAGACCUGCAAAACAUCCUCCUCAUCUUCAACAAGCAGCAGAUUUCAGGAGUGGCUGCUAAGGCUUCCUACUCUAUCUACAAUAUCCGGACAAGUGAAGUCUGGGACCUGAAGCCUCCUGGGAAAAAUGAAACCUCACUGCAGUAUGCAUCAUGGGGACCCCAUGGGAGUCAAGUGGUAUUCAUCUUUCAAAAUGAUAUUUACUAUCAACAGUCUGCUUCAGCCCCUGCUCUCCGGCUCACUUCAUCUGGAGAUCCCGAGACUGUACUCAAUGGCAUCACUGACUGGACUUAUCAAGAGGAAGUGUUGCAUUCUUAUGCUGCUCACUGGUGGUCUCCUGAUGGAACACGGCUUGCCUAUCUCUCCAUCAACAACACCCUUGUACCCAAAAUGGAACUGACAUAUUUCUUGGGUUCUGACUACCCUGCCAGCAGGAAAUAUGCCUACCCUAAGGUCUGUCAUUUUAUUUUCUCAUGUAUACAGCUCUUUAUUUUCUUCUUGGUUUCCAAUACUCCAUGCCUAGAAUUAUCUUUUUGAAUAUGUUGUUUUUACUUUUUUGACCUCCAUUAAUAGUCAGAAAGAGACAGUCUCUGAUUAGCCAAAGAUUGAUUAGGGCCAUAUUACCCAUAUAAGUGCAUUUUCCUUUAUAAAUAAUAAUUUUAUCUGAAUAUAACUCAGUAUGUUAUUGUGCUCCCCUGUCUGUACUGUUACUAUUACUGUAUUGUAAAACUCACAGCACUGUGUGCAGAAGAAGCUAUGUCAUAAUAGAAAUACAUACAUGCAAAAUACUUUUAUAAAAUGAAGAUUAUUCAUUAAUAUUUGCUAGUGCACAAGUAGCAACAGGAACGAAAACAAACCAACUAAGAAAGUAGAUAAAUGGAUUACAUGAAAAAGAAUAUUUUAUUUUCAUUGCCUCAGAGGCUUUUGGGUAAUAAUCAGAGUAAAAAAUACAAUGGCCUGCCUAUGUCUCACACAUGUCCUUUACUUUGCACAAGGUCCUCUUGUUCUUUUUCAGGCCGGACAGCAUAUUCCCACAGUGAAAGUCCUUGUUGUUAACCUGUAUGGCCCAUCCCACACACUUGAGCUGCUUCUUCCUGAUACUUUUCAAUACAGGGAGUUCUAUAUCACAAUGGUAAUCUGGGUUACAAAUACUCGGCUUGCUGUGAAAUGGUUAAAUCGAUCGCAGAAUCUCUCUGUCCUCACGUUUUGUGAUGCAACUACAGGAGCCUGUAUAGAG